CACAUAAACAGGAGCUCUGUAUCAGGCCUAUAGUUAGUUGCUUGGGUGCACCUUCGUAUCACAUAUCACAAUUUGUUCACAAUAUCCUAUCUAUGGUGAAUUCGACAUCACCCUAUACAAUAAAAAACUCGUAUGAAUUUGUGUCAUUCAGUGAAACUAUUGUUCUUCCGAAAGGCUUCAUGCUGUACUCAUUAGAUGUGGUCUCGUUAUUCACCAACAUCCCUAGAGAUCUAGUGCUUUCACUAAUAAAAGAAAAAUGGCUUUUUAUUUCAGCAUACACAGACAUGCCAAAAAACUUGUUUAUAGAUAUAAUAGCUUAUAUAUAUGAUUCUAGCUAUUUCCAAUUUGAGGGUGAAUUUUACCAGCAAAUCGAUGGUUCUGCUAUGGGAAAUCCAGCUAGUCCGUCCUUGGCUAAUUUUAUUAUGACAUAUCUGAUUGAAAAGGUCCUACAAAAACUUAAAUUUAUCGUUGCUUUCAUCAAACUUUAUGUAGAUGACACAAUCACAGCCAUACCUUCGGAUAAAGCUGAUGAACUUUUAUCAGAAUUCAAUUCAUAUCAUCCACGUAUUAAAUUCACCAUAGAAAAAGAGAAAGAUGGAGAGCUACCUUUUUUAGACAUAAAGGUGGUUCGUGGUGAAGAUGGCAGUUUGCUUACAAAAUGGUAUGUAAAACCCACUAACUCUGGCCGGUUAGUCAAUUUUCAUUCAGAAACUUCUAGGUCUUAUAAAGUGGGCAGCAUUAAAAACCUUAUUUACCGAUCAACACACCUCAGCUCAAAAAUAUAUUAUAAAGAAAACAUGAAAAAGAUCAAAGAAAUUCUAAAAAUUAAUAAUUACCCAACAACAUUCGUGAAUAAAAUAAUAAAUGAAUAUAAUCCAUUAAACCCUAGAAUUAACGAAACCCUUAGCUCAGAAGAUCAAGUAAAAAGAUACUUCAAGUUUCCCUAUAUAUCAGGCCUGAGUCAUAACAUUGCUCAUUCAAUAAAACAGAAAUCUAAAACUACAGAGCUCGUCUUUUAUAACCUUUUGACGACGCAGAUUCUUUUCUCGAAACUUAAAGAUCCAACCCCUAACAUCAACCGUUCAAGUAUUGUAUAUAAAAUACCAUGUUUGGGGUGCAAUAAAUGUUACGUGGGACAGACGAGACAACUGCUGAAGACGAGAAUCAGGCAGCACAAAUAUGACUGUGAUGAUAGGUUCCGGGAUAAAGACAGUUCUACAGCUUUAGCUUCCCAUAGAUUUGCGGAAAGCCAUAAUUUUGAUUUUGACAAUGUAGAAAUACUUGAUUAUGAAAGUAAUUGGAAGAAAAGAAACAUUAGCGAGAUGAUUCAUAUUAGAUUAAAUAACACGGUAAACCACAGAACUGACACCCAAGAUUUGAGUCAAUUAUACACAAAUUUAUUGUUUCUUUGUCGUGAUUCCCGUAUUCCGAUAUGAAAAUUAUUCAUAUGUCUAUAGUGUCUGCGCGUAAUAACACCUGUUCUCGAUUGUUUAAUCAAUUAAUUUCGAUGGUAGUUGUAGCUGUUUUUCCAUGUUUGGGAUGAAAUUUGACAAAGCUUGGAUGCAAUUUUUCCGAAUCUUAAUGUUAACAACAACUUUUAUAUCAGACAAAUUGAACUUGCCUUGAAAAAGUUCGAAUAUACGGACGAAACGUCGGCAUUUA